UUCCGCAGGCCAGCGAGCGAGAUCGCCGCCGCCGCUGUCGUCGUCGUCGUCGUCACCGCCGCCGUCGCCGUCGCGGAGCAGUUCGUCAGCAUCGGGUGGAGCAGCAUGCCGUGGAGCGCGCGCGAACGCUCAUAGACGAUGUCGUGACGCGCGGUGACCAGCGGUGACAGCGACUCGCGCUUCUCGUGUCUUCUACCGUGUAUCUCGUUGAGAAGAGAGUGAGAGAAAGAGAGGGAGGGAAAGAGAGAAAAAGAAGGAGGGAGACGUCUUUCUUCUCGCUGCGUCCUGCGAUCCGAUUUCUGCUCCCUGUCGUUGUCAUCGUCGUCGUCGUCGUCAGAUAAUCCCGAAGGAAGAAAGGAAGGAAAGGCUGAGCGUCGCGAUUGCAAGAUUUAUCGUGCGCGUACGUGUGUGUGUGUGUGUGUGUGAACGAGCGAGCUUAACCUGCCUACCUGGCCCGUCCUCGUUCCCGCGAACGCGAGCGGCGCGCUACGUACGAAAAUUGCGCGCUCGCUGGUGCAUGAAUAGUACAUGAGUCGACUGGAGGACCGUGUUGACUGCCUGUGGGAUCUCUCAUGGAGGAUAGUCGAGUGUGACGAUAGUGACUGGCGACGUGCGGGGACUCCACGCGAGGGUGGCACGGGAUAACGUCAAGGUUACCACUUCGACCGCCUAGAGGUAGUCUCGCGCGCGCGCCUCUUCUUCGACUGUCCAAGAAAUACUUUCACCAAUGUUCGCAUUGGCACAUCUCUAGCGGCUUUGUUUCAUCAUAAUCACAGACAUAAUGCCGAUCACAUAGCGUAGACUGGGUUGUAAAUCCAUAUUUGGACUUAUUUAUCUCGACUAGACUAUGCGCUGUGUGGCAUAGAAAAUUCAACUAGGAUAUUUAGGAUAUUUAAUAUCUGGUGCACAUCUCGGCGUCAUCUUUUAACAUUUUGUUCUACAAGCAGUACUGUAUCCCUUGUGGCAACGAGAAAACAAACCUCCAUUAAUUAAUUACUCCUUCAUCCAUUGAAAAGAUGACCAGCAAAUUCGAGGAAACGGAGCAGAAAUGGACUUGCGAAUACUGCACCUAUGAGAAUUGGCCCUCUUCCUUAAAAUGCACCAUGUGCAGGGGCGCCAAGCCACUUCUGGGCGAGGAUAUUUAUCGUCUUCGGGAUCCUAGUCCUCAAAGAGGUUCCUCCAACGUCGCUUCCGGUCCCGUGUCCCAAAUAAGCCCCACGGACAACUUUACCUCGCAAAAUUACAGUCAAAAUCUGCCCUCGGCGGGAAAGUGGGCCUGCAGCAUGUGCACUUAUCUUAAUUAUCAGAAUACAACGCGAUGCGUACAGUGCAGCAACCGGAAGCCGGUCAAUCAGUCUGUCAAUUCGUUAGCAUCGAAUCUACACGAACAUUUAGCGCCACUGCGCUUGGCCGAUGGACCACCGAACUCGGGAUCAAAUUCCCAACUGAAUCCCUCGCCAAUUAAUCUCCAUCCGGAAAGAUUGUACAAUAUGCAUCCAGAGAAAUGGUCUUGUCAUGUAUGUACUUAUGAGAACUGGCCCAAAGCGACCAAGUGUGUUAUGUGUGGCCAUCCGAAGGAGAAGGACAGAAGAGAUAAGGGAACGCAAGGAAACGUUGGGGUGAUUUUACCGAGUCCUGAGAGAGAACAUAGUCAACGGGGCUUACCGUCACCCCCACAUGCACCCUAUAUUCAUCAGACACAGAGGGAGGAUAAUUUAGCAGUAGGAAGGAGAGGUCCACAUAGGUAUACAGAAAGUCGAAAUGAUAGUUUGUCAACUCCUCAAUCUCCGAAUAACUGUGAUUACGAGCGCCGAUUAAAGCAGUUAAGACGCCACACCGAUUGGUGUUGGUUGAAUGCUUGCCUCGGUAUUGUCGAAGGUGACAAUACCCCCGUUGAGGCUUAUCUGGCAAGCGGCGGCGAUCCUGCACGCCAAUUGACGCAUUCUGAGGUCUUGCUCCUCAAUAGAAGCAGCGCGUUUGACGUUGGGCACACUUUGGUGCACUUGGCUAUUAGGUUUCAAAGAGAAGAUAUUUUAGCAACGUUAUUGUCACAAAUUGAAGGUUCGGGCUCGGGGGUGAAAAGGGUACCGAGUUACGUUGCACCUGAUCUCGCAGUGCAAAUUCGUCGACAUGUCACCAACAGUAUACGCUUACGCAAGGGCUCGUUUCCCUGUUAUUUCGUUACCGAUAUGGCUACUUUCGCAUUGCCAGCCGAGGUUGAGGAUCUGCCGAGUAUUGUACAAGAACAAAUGCUAGAGGAAUUGUUAGAUAAGGAAGCUCAACAGCAGUUGGAAGGCGGUGGUGGCGAACCGCCAGCUCUAAAUUGGUCUUUAGAAAUUACUGAACGAUUAGGUAGUCGUUUACAUGCGCUCUGGAACCGAUCGGCAGGCGAUUGUCUUUUAGAUUCUGCCAUGCAAGCUACUUGGGGUGUUUUCGAUAGAGACAACGCUCUAAGGAGGGCGCUUGCUGAUACUCUUCAACAAGCCGGACAAUUCUUUUAUCCACGUUGGAGAGAAUAUGAAGCCUCACAAGCAUCUAGAAUGUUAGAUUUCACUUUAGAAGAAACACAAUGGCAAGAAGACUGGGAAAGUUUGUUAGCAACGGCCGCUCAACCCGGAAGCGCGUUAGAACAAUUGCAUGUGUUUGCCCUCGCCCAUAUUUUAAGACGUCCUAUUAUAGUCUACGGAGUUAAAUAUGUUAAAAGUUUCCGCGGUGAAGACAUAGGCUAUGCGAGAUUCGAAGGAGUUUAUCUACCAUUAUUAUGGGAACCCUCAUUUUGUAUCCGUUCACCAAUCGCAUUGGGUUAUACCCGUGGUCAUUUCACGGCGUUGGUUCCAAUUGAGCCCUAUGCUUCGUCCAGAAUUCCGCCCCUCGCGACCCAUGGGGUAGUAAGUGGAAACAAUAGUCCACUCGAACAACUACAGAUCCAGAUGCAGACCACUUUUAUGCCACUAAUGGAUCGCGAACAUAAGCUCUUGCCAAUACAUUUUCUUACGACGGAUGAAAUCGGUCGUGAAGAAUCAAUCUAUAAAGAGUGGUUGGAUGUAUGCAGAACCGAAGGUGGAAUUCUUGUGGCGCAGCAGAAACUUCACAAGAGACCAUUGCUCGUUGCACAGAUGUUAGAAGAAUGGUUGAAUCAUUAUCGUAGAUUAGCUCAAACCAACGAGGCACCUUUCUCGAGACCACCUACAUUACAAGAUUAUAGUAGCGAUGGUGAUACUGAGGAUGAGUAGUGCAGUAAUUUUAAGAGAGGAGUGUUACGACAUGAGAAGCAUCUCCAUUUCUCACAAGUUUAUUCUCGACCGAAAAUUAUAAAAUGGUUAGUAUUAUAAAACGAAACUAUAAUGUACUUUUAUGAGUAACUCAACUACAGAGGAAUUAUAUACUACGUCCAUACACUGGCAAUGUACUAUAUAAAAAAAAUUGAAAACGUCACAUCGCUAUGGAUUGCUAUGGAUUGCAAGCAAAAAUUAUAAAAAAUUUGAAUUAACAUGUACCGAA